UUUUGACUCUCUAGGGGAGUGAGGGAGGUCUUAAGCCUUGCGACAGGCAGGCAGGCUGGGCUUGGCUGGAACCGACCAGGACUUUCCAUCUUGACGCCAGCCUUGAAGGCUGGAAAGCUGGCUCUCGACCUUGGUUUUUCAGGCCCAAGGCCUGUCUGGAAACACUGAGUCGGGUUGGGCCUGGGUUCUGAAGGCGCUGGAGUGAGUUUGGCCUCCAUCCGAACCAAAACAGAUUGAGUUCCAUUGACACGGGCCUUUUGAGGACGGAUUUGGGCGGACACAAGGCCGCAUUUCGGCUAAUUUGGUGGGUGGAAACCGUUUUUGGGCACGUUAGCCGUGGUUGGACCUUGUCGUCCAAGGCGACUUGACGAUGCCGUUGGCUUCGGCAAAGGAUCCGUGGCAACAUGUCAACCUGGGCCACACUAAUUCGAAUGGACCCACCGUCAGUUUACUCGGACCCCAUACCCAAGGUCCAUUGGGGACGAGUGGUCCCCUUCGGCCCGUACCUAAGGAUCAGAAAGCUGCAGUGUCCACCUCGGACGAAGAUCAAGAUUCGAACCAUUCGACACAGUCCAACGGAAGCAAGCCGACGUUGAAUGGAACCAGUGGUAUGACCACCCUUCAAGAAAUCGAAGUCAAAGAAGUCACCAAAGAGGGAUGUGAGAAGGCUACUCCCACCCAGUUUGAGCUCCUCCGAGUUCUUGGUCAAGGAUCAUUUGGCAAGGUAUUUUUGGUCCGCAAGAAUUGUGGCAAGGAUAAAGGAACCCUUUACGCCAUGAAGGUCCUGAAGAAGGCUACACUGAAAGUGAGAGACCGUGUUCGAACCAAGAUGGAGAGAAACAUCCUGGCCGAUGUGGAGCAUCCAUUUAUCGUAAAAUUGCAUUAUGCCUUUCAAACUGAGGGGAAACUGUACCUCAUUCUGGAUUUCCUCCGUGGUGGCGACCUAUUUACUCGACUUUCGAAGGAGGUGAUGUUUACUGAGGAGGAUGUCAAGUUCUAUCUAGCUGAACUGGCUCUAGCUUUGGAACAUCUCCACUGUCUUGGGAUAAUUUAUCGAGACCUGAAACCUGAAAACUUAUUGUUGGAUGAUGAUGGUCACAUCGCAGUCACGGAUUUUGGGUUGUCGAAGGAGAACUUGGAAGAAAAAGCCUACUCAUUCUGUGGAACCGUGGAGUAUAUGGCCCCUGAAGUGGUCAACCGAAAAGGGCAUUCAUUUGCCGCUGAUUGGUGGAGUUUUGGAGUACUCAUGUACGAGAUGUUGACUGGUCAUUUGCCAUUUCAAGCUCAUAACCGGAAAGAGACCAUGAAUAUGAUUCUCCGGGAGAAACUGUCGAUGCCCGAGUAUUUAAGUCCGGAAGCUCAAUCCCUCCUAAGGGCUCUUUUCAAAAGGAAUCCAAUCAAUCGCUUGGGAACAGGUGAAAAUGGAGUCCAGAACUUAAAAAAACACAGCUUCUUUGCCACCAUCAAUUGGCAUCAACUGUUAGAAAAGAAAGUCACCCCUCCGUUUAAACCCACCGUUGUAUCAGAUGAGACUUUCCAUUUUGAUUCCGUCUUCACAUCGAAAACGCCCAAAGAUUCUCCCGGGGUUCCACCCAGUGCGACAGCUCAUGAAUUGUUCCGAGGGUUUUCAUACGUUGCUCCCAUGCUCCUCUUGUCCGAUGCUGGAUCACUCGAACAAAGCCCGUCUGACCUCCAACCUCAAUUAGGAGACCAAGACAGUACGUCAACUGUGGUGGAAGUCAAUCUAGCUGAGAAGCGUCUUCCCGGCUCAUCAGUAUUGAAGGCAAUCACUGGAAAUGUCAAGACGAUACCAAUCUCAAGUGAAUAUGAUAUCCUGGAAGAAAUCGGAAAGGGGAGUUAUUCGGUUUGUCAUCGAUGUGUCCAUAAGACCAAAAAGACUGAAUUUGCCGUUAAGAUAAUCAACAAAAGCAAAAGGGAUUGCUCUGAAGAGGUGGAGAUCCUACUUCGCUACGGCCAGCAUCCUACCAUAGUCACACUGCGGGAUCUCUUCGAAACCCGAGACCAUGUCUACCUGGUUUUUGAUCUAAUGCGAGGUGGCGAACUCUUGGACAAGAUCCUUCGUCAGAAAUUCUUUUCAGAGCGAGAAGCUCGGUCAGUCAUGGAGAAAGUCACCGCAGCCGUCCUCUACCUACAUCAAAACGGGGUUGUUCACCGCGAUCUCAAGCCAGCCAAUAUUCUUUAUGCGAACGAUCGAGGCGACCCCGACACUCUGCGAAUCUGUGACUUUGGCUUUGCCAAGCAACUUCGAGCAGAGAAUGGGCUUCUCAUGACACCUUGUUAUACGGCCAAUUUUGUGGCCCCCGAAGUUCUCAAACGUCAAGGGUAUGAUGCUGCGUGCGACGUCUGGAGCCUUGGGAUUCUAUUGUUCAUCAUGCUCGCCGGUGCAACACCAUUUGCCAAUGGUCCGUCCGAUGAUCCGGAUGUUAUCUUGAAGCGGAUUGGGGAAGGAAAACUGGAUCUUGAGACAGGAAACUGGGGAUCGGUAUCCAAAGAUGCAAAACAUCUGGUUACUCGCAUGUUAGCAGUGGACCCUGCCAUUAGACCAACGUCGCAACAAGUUUUGGAUCAUCCGUGGAUGACCUCGAAAAUUCUGGCCACCACUGCCCUCCCACACAAGGAUCUGUGGCAUGUUAAGGGCGCUGUAUCCGCCACGUUCCAAGCGUUGCGAAAUCAAAGUCCAUUGGUGCCAGCCAUGGGCAACAUCACCAUGUCGGAUUUAGCUCGAAGGAGAAAGAAAUCGAAAGUGAAGAACGACUCUGACUCUACGCCAGUGUGAAGCCAGAAUACAAGAUCAAAAACAAAUUCAAGAGUACACUAAAAGACACAUAUCGGAUUGCUCAGUGAGGUCGCAACCCAAUUCCAAUUACAGCUCCAUUGACUCUCUUCAGUGUGUCGCCGCCCUCCUCCCUACUCGCCCCGCUUCACUGCAUUCUCCUCAUUCUGCACCGCCCACGCAACAUUUUUUUCUUCUGGAUUUCAAAAAUGGCUUCUUGUGUAUGAGGAAUGAAGAUGGAGAAUAUCUCGUGGAAUAGCGUUUAAUCUCUUUUCGAAACCGGAUUCUCCCCAAGAAGAUUGAUUUCAAAGACAAAAUCACGAGGUUUGGGCUUGUGUAUUUCUCCCUUUGCUAUUCGGAGAAGGUAUAAUGAAGCUAAACGUUCGGGGUCCUUGGAUGUGCAGACCCAUCAUUUUUGUCCGGUGGCAUUUCUGUCAUCAAUUGAUCUCCUUUAUCAACACCACGAACAAAAAUAGCAAAAACUUGAUUAUACUUGUCAGUAUUAUUACUGUACCGCUCCUUUGACUUUGCAAGGAGGUGUGGAGUCCACUGUCAAAUUAUGUCCCAUAUACCCUCAUCUCUUACAUUUUGUAAUUCAAUUUGGGCCAACGCUCGAUCUCAUCUUUUAGCUUUUCUUGAACAAAGGCAAGUCCCACACCAUUCUUGUUCAAUGUCUUAAGCGUUUCCCUUUCGUACUUGUAUCAUUGUCUGAGCAUAAUAUUGGAGCAUUCAGGGAACAAUUGUCUACUACUUCAUGAUAAAACCGCCCCUGAUUUCACCUGAUUUUACCCGAUAUCUAGUUAAUUUGCAAUGUGUGUGAUAAAUUGAAUAAAUUUCUUAUCAAACGUA